UUUUCUAGCUUUGGCCCAUGCCCACAACUUAUGGUGCUCUCUUUUCCCUCUCUAACUUGAUCUUGGAGAUCUGCGUUUCUUGGAUUUUUCUCCCACCACAAUCUCAUUACCUUGACCUUUUGACCUUCGGAUUAAUGCUUUGAAAGAAUUUUCCCUUGCAUAUCAUAGACUUGUAAUCUAUUCUCUAGGCUAAUUCUAAUCUUGAAAUAACUCUAGUUGAUCUGCAAACUCAAAUCCAGUCAUUUGAAGCCAAAAUUCAAGAUACUGACUGGAAGCCAAAAUUCAAGAUACUAGCUCCAUUCUCUCUGUUCAUUACAAGUCUCACAUUUACGACCUGUGUGCUACAGAUGACAUUUAUGGUGCAAUCUAUACAGACAAUUUUGAUCUUCGUGCUUUGGAGGAUUGCUUUUAAGGUGGAUCAAUAGGAGAGUAAUGUAUUUCUAUCCGUGGUUCUGGAUGCUCCCUGCCAUGAGAAAGUGCAUGAAGUGGAUUUUGUUCUUAGUAGGACUAAGAGAGAAAACUCGGGGAGGAGUGGAAGUUGUACUUCCCUACUUUGUAUUGCAUUGGUCUUGAAUGUUGUUAGCAGGUUUGCUAAUAUGUACAUGUGCAUCUUGACAAGAAUGAUUACAGGGAAAGAUUCGGCAGCAAUAAGAGUGUUGGUCUGGUUGUUUUAGUCAUCUGUUCUUUUUCUUGGGAUUGUUAAUGGUAGGCACCAUUGGUAGGAGGUCUAUAUCUUCUAUCUUUCACACCAUGGUCCAUACAAGAAACAAUGCAAUUAACAUUGAGAGGCUAACUUCUUUGGAUCCUGAAAGAAUAUAUUCUACAACAGUGAAGGUGCUACAUGCCUAUUUGGUGAAAGACAACACAAUCAAAGGCCAUCUCUUUAGCUUGGGAAUUCAGACUAUUGAUCAGAUUGAAAGUAAAGAUUAUCUUUUCAGAUCCAAACUUACUCUUGCUGCAAACAGAAUUUUCCACUUCUAUAACAGCUCUGAUAUCAAGGGAAUAACUGAAACCCAACAUUAGUUUUGCCUCCAUCAUGUCAAAGAUUGAAGUCCCAGCUUCAUCAGUUUGGUUUCUCUGUAUUGGAUGUUUGCUACAGGCAGCUCAAGUAAUAGCAGUCACAAAUCCCAUUGAAGUUGCUGCAGUAAGAUCACUCUCUGAGAAGUGGAGUAUUGGUUCAUCUGCAACAUGGAACCUCACAGAUCCAUGCUCUGGCCUGGCCAGUUCUACUGCAAAGAUAGGAAAUCCUGGCAUCAAGUGUGACUGCACAUACAACAAUGGAUCCAUCUGCCAUGUUACACAAAUGAAGGUCUAUGCAUUGGAUAAAACAGGAGUGCUUCCAGAAGAACUAGCUGAUUUGACUUACCUCUAUGAUCUGAACCUAAACCAGAACUAUUUUAAUGGUCAAAUUCCUACUUUCUUGAAGAAACUCACCAACAUGAAAUACUUGGCCCUUGGCAUUAAUAACUUUUCUGGAAUUGUACCAAAGGAGCUUGGAAAUCUUCAAAACUUGAUAUCAUUGAGUUUUUCAUCAAACAAUCUUAAUGGGACAUUACCGCCAGAGCUUGGUAACUUGGCUAAAUUGAAAAAAUUAUAUAUUGAUAGUGCCGGAGUAACUGGAGAGAUUCCAAGUACUUUCAGAAAUCUACGGAAAUUGAAGAGAGUAUGGGCAUCUGAUAAUCUGUUUACAGGUGCAAUACCUGAUUUCAUUGGAAACUGGACUGAUCUAAUUGAAUUGAAAAUUCAGGGAACUGCUCUCAAGGGUCCAAUUCCUUCAAGCUUCUCCAACUUAAUGUCUCUGAAAAAGCUAAGAAUAAGUGACUUAACUUCAGGCACUACAUCAUUGAUAUUCUUAAAAGGCUUGAAGAAAUUAACUGAACUAGUCCUGAGAAACAACAAGAUUUCUGGAAAAAUACCUUCAUAUGUUGCAGAAUUGAGUGAAUUGCAGUACUUGGACUUGAGUUUUAAUAAUUUUAUAGGAGAGUUUCCUACUUCACUUCAAAAUUUGAGCUCUAUAAUAUUCUUGCUUCUUGGAAAUAAUAAUUUGUCUGGGAAGCUUCCUUUGCAAAUGAGUUCAUCCCUUACAUACAUAGAUCUAUCUUACAAUCAAUUUUCAGGAGCUCUUCCAACCUGGUCCAAUAGCACAACUUUGAAAGUAAAUCUGGUUGGAAAUUACUUGGAAAUAAAUGAGACAAAUAAUGGACUUGCCGCAAGCAGACUGGCUUGCCUCCAACGGACUUUUCCUUGUAAUAGAGGAGCUCCACGCUAUUCUCAAAUUGCAAUAAACAGUGGUGGCUUACAAAAGACUUCCCAGCUAGGAAUUGAUUAUGAACGUGACAAUGAAACACUUGGUGUUGCCUCAUUUUAUGUGAGUGAUAAUAAAAGGUGGGGAGUCAGCAAUACUGGAAAUUUUCUGGACAAUUCCGCAAAUAAUUUUUCAGAAUCUAGUCAAUCUCAAAUUACAAAUACAUUAGAUACAGAACUCUACCAAUCGGCACGCUUAUCUCCCAGUUCGCUAAGGUACUAUGGUUUAGGGCUUGAAAAUGGACCAUAUACAGUAAAACUACAGUUUGCUGAACUAGACAUUCUAGACACUGAAGGCUGGAAGAGUCUUGGAGAACGCAUUUUUGAUGUCUCUAUUCAGGGAAAUAAAGUAUUAACGAAUUUCAACAUCCAGAAGGAAGCAGGAGGUUCAUUUAUAGCAGUUGAUCGAAAUUUCAGCACAAAUGUGACUGAAAACUUCCUUGAAAUUCAUUUUUUCUGGGCUGGGAAGGGAACGUGCUGUAUUACAAAACAAGGAACAUAUGGACCUUUAAUAUCAGCCAUAAGUGUUACACCUGAAUUCAAGCCUACCGUUUCGGAUCUUCCACUUCACAAGUCCCUUCCGAAGAAAAUGAAGACUGGAGAAGUGAUUGGAAUUGUUCUCAGUGGAAUGAGUGUUGUUUUGACAUGUCUUGCUUUUAUCAUUUUCUUGUGGAGGAGAGCCAGAAAAUCCUUAGAAGCACGUGGUCAGGAACAAGAAGCACUUAAAGGAAUCCACACAAAACCAUAUAUUUUCAGUUAUGCUGACUUGAAGAAUGCAACAAAUGAUUUUCAUGAAAAAAAUAAAUUGGGCCAGGGAGGCUUUGGUAUAGUUCAUAAGGGCAUUCUUCCAGAUGGUAAAUUAGUAGCAGUGAAGCAAAUGUUAUCUGAAUCUACGCAAGGGCAGAACGAGUUCAUAAAUGAAGUAGCUGCAAUAUCUGCAGUGCAACAUAGGAACCUUGUUAUAUUGCUUGGAUGCUGUGUAGAAGGAGAACAUCGGGUUUUGGUCUAUGAAUGUGUGGAAAACAACAGUCUUGCACAAGCUUUAUUUGGCAAUAAAAGAUCUCAAAUCCAGCUGGACUGGCCUACUCGGCACAAAAUCUGCAUUGGCAUUGCCCAUGGGCUUGCUUACCUUCAUGAGGAAUCCAGUGUCCGAAUAGUGCAUCGAGAUAUCAAAUCCAGUAACAUCCUGUUGGAUAACUCUCUGAACCCUAAGAUUGCAGAUUUUGGGUUGGCUAAGCAAUUUGAUGAAUCCAAAACUCAUAUCAGUACCAGAGUUGCUGGCACCAUAGGAUAUCUGUCUCCAGAGUAUGCAAUGCGAGGUCACCUCACAGAAAAAGCUGAUGUUUUCAGCUUUGGGGUUGUUGCUUUAGAAGUGGUGAGCGGGAGGAGAAAUAACUGUGAUAAAGAGACAAACUUGUCGCAAGACAGUGUCUGUCUUCUGCAAUGGGUUUGGCAUCUGUAUGAGCAAAAGGGACUGCUGGAAUUCAUGGAUCCUCAACUAAGAACAACAUACAUAGAAGAAGAAGUCCUCAGACUAAUUGCAGUAGCCCUUCUUUGCACACAAGCUUUGCCUGCAAAACGCCCAUCAAUGUCCCAAGUGGUAGCAAUGCUGACUGGUGAUGUAGAGGAAAUUCCUGUUGCUUCUCGCCCUAGUUACAUCACAGAGUGGCCAUCCGACCACCAAUUGACAGCUCAAAAUUCUGGAAGUACAUCUACAGCAGUAUCACCACUGCGGAGAAGCACAGAGAUCAUGCUACCUGCUGCAUUGUCCUCACCUGGAAAUGAAGAUAUGACUCCAUCAAUGACCCACAAGGCUUUAGGAGAUAGCCAGUGAAUACUGAACUCAAGAAACAAUAUGGAGACCAUGUCUCUACUAAUCUCCCCACAUCUCCUAGUGACUAUAUUUAAAUGUAAUGUAGCAGUGCCCUUAUUCAUAAACUCCCAUACAAUAUCUACAAUUGACGUUCAGGGUAUCCCACCUGAUUAUAAUGCCAGUUAAUCUUGAAAAUUGGGAGUAGGGAACGAUUGUUGUUUUUCUAUGUUUGGUUCUUCAUUGAAUUAGAUAGUAUGUCAAUACUUGUUAUUCAGUAGUUUA